AUGCAUGGGGCUUCAACAAAAGCCACUAACGAAGAUUCUUCAUUUGAUGCUGCCAAAGUACAGCUCACACAACAUUUGGAACAGCAUUCAUGCUGUUCUCGACAGCAUCUCUGUCUACCAACCGAACCGAAUGAGGAACAUACCCAGCGGAAGAAAGCUGAACAAAGAUCGGGCGAUACUGACGUGGCCGCCGAUGACUACAAGCUAGCUCGCCUUGAGCUCCAUACGGAAAGAUCUAGAUCAGAUAGUUGGCGAGAAACCGAACUGCAGAGAGCAGAACGUCUUGCUAGAGUAGCGGAAAGGGCCAGGAUAGGAGAUCAAAUGAAACUGAGGAACAACGAUUGCUGCGUUCGUAAGUCUGCAGAGAGGAAAAGACGAGACGCACAUGAAAGUCAAGAGAACGAAAUCUGCGAAGGUGUCAAACGUUGCCCCACUUCAAGUUCGGAUUGUUUGGGAAGUAAAAUCACGAUUGAUCCACAUACAAGCGGUACAUUUACGUCUUUGGAAAUGGCAACUGCGCGUACUGCAAUUGAGAUUGAGAUGGAUUCAUCGCAACAACGGAGCAAAUAUGGUUCCACAACAUCACCUCUUAUGCAAAGUUUACUAGCGAAUGCGCACUUGAGCGAGAACCCAAGAUCUACAGUUGAGCAUGAGGAAAUCUGUGCUCCUGAGACUGCUCCACCUGAGUCCGUCACUGUACCUUCAAGAGAUUCACAAACUCAUUGGCUGCCAAGAGAUUGA